AUGGUCUAUUCCAUCCCAUCCGUUGUGAUCUACACACUUACUGUCAUUAUAAUACGGUUCAAAUGGACCACUAUUGGAACUUCAUUCUAUCAAUUUUAUAUGUUCGAGUAUGCGAUGAAUAUGCUGACCUAUUUCAACACUCUUUUAUCAAUACGGUUCCCAAAUUUGAUCGGUGCGGAUAGUAGACUUAGAAACUUUUUUGCGAGUCAGAAUGAGACGACAUUCGAGUUGCAAUGUCAGUUCUUUCUGCAAUUCCAUAUGGCAUUUGUGCAAUAUGGCACGACUACGGUAGUGGCGAUUAAUCGAAUGACUAUUAUUAUUAAUAUGGAGUAUUUUGAAAAGAAAUGGCGCCGCUUCAGUUGGUUAUGGAUGAUUCUAAUCGUCUCAAUCCCCUUCUUCGUAACCUUCCAAGUAUUCCUCUAUGACGUCUUCUUCAAAUAUAACAAGACAUCGGAUCGAUUUGAUUUGACUAGUGGUUGUCCCAUUUUCAGUUUGUUCUCAUUUCUAUUCUAUUUCAUGUGCGGUUGCUCUGUCAUCACAUUAGUAUCAAAUGCAGUGACAUUUAUAAAGAUUAGACGGCUACCUAUUAAGACAAGAAAACUGGAAAUCCAAUUCUGCCUGGUAUCCCUUAUUGCCGGUAUCAUCCAAAUCAUCGGCACCCUUUUAACGUUGGCCAUGAGAAACGCCGUACCCAACACUGAUCUCUUCAAACUCACAAAUCUAUGUCUACCAUUUGUCAGCGAUGCACUAUCGCUUGCUCAACCUUUUGUGCUGAUGACGUUCUCGGAACCAAUCCGUAAGCUUGUCACCGGCAUCAUGUUCAAUUUCCACUGCUGUGGAUGUCUCGUGCCAACUUCUUAUGCUAUUACCACUAUCAUAUCGAUUAAUAGAAUGACAAUUAUAUGGAAUCAUUAUUUGUUUGAACCGCUCUGGAGGAAUUAUUCAUUCGUGUUGAUUUUUGUGAUCUACUUCUUGCCAUUCAUCAGUACUGGACAGUUAUUCGAAAGCGAUUGUACUUUUGGUAAACGAUCGGAUGACACUUUUGUGCUUUCCUGCUCUUUGCCAACUAGCAUUCUAUUUACCCCACUUAUUGUAUUCCAAAUCGGAUGUAUGGUGUGCUCAAUAAUUUGCAACGCCACUAGUUUGAUAUUGGUUGUAAGGGCUACCAAAGAGAUCAAGGCUAAAAUGGAAAUCAACUUCCUCAUCCUUAUAAUCGUCACAACCGUUGUCUUAUUCCUCGGAGCCGCCAUCUCCUUCAUCCUCAGCAGCUACCCAACCUACCCGAUGUACAGUUUCUUCCACACCUACGGCCUUCCAUUGAUCAGUGAUCUCUUCACUAUAAUGCAUCCGUGGUUACUGUAUGUCCUGAGUAAUCCGAUCAAAAAACAUAUCCAUCGUGACAUACUUCGUCUGACGCCUAAAAAUGUUGAUGUCGCGCCCCAGACGGGUUCAAGAAUCAAUGUGAAAAUAUGA